UCUACAGUACAUCGGCAACCAUGUAGUGCUGAGAGCAAAAAUAUCUCCCCCCGACUAGCUAAAGUAUCACGUCCUUACAGUCAUUCAUGUCGCCGUAAGGUAAAAGUGUAUCAAAAUGUGUUUAUGAAGACAACUGGACACGCGAACGGAAGCUACGAGGUGAGGGAGCCGAGUGUGAAACCGAAGCCUGAACCACAGAGGUACUAUCUGCCCUCGCCUGGACAUUUGGAAGGGGACGUUGGGCUACUCUUCUGAUUCAUUAGCCCACCUUGGCGUUUUAUCAGCUUUUCAAAUGACUGUACUUAUGCGGGCAAGCGUGUUAUAGACUCGGGGGGAAGGGCGUGUAACGCUAACAGAUAACUGGGGUUCGUAGUUUGCACCAGGUCUGGCUGUCCGCGUUACCGCCCCGUUUUUUCUCUCCUGUAGUAACGCUAGCAGCGCGGCGAAGGAGAAGGCUGGAGACGCAGUUUUGGGUCCGGACUACGACCAAAGCCUGUUUACACCAUGGGGAAUACAACCUCCUGCUGCGUGUCCUCGAGCCCGAAACACCGCAGGAACAACCACUCCAGGCUCGAGCCCUACCGGCCGGAGCCGGAGCUGAGCCGCGUGGACACGGGCUGCAACCUCCAGCACAUCAGCGACAGAGAGAAUUUAGACGAUCUGCCCAUGGAGUACAAUCCCUCAGAUCAUCCCCGGGCCAGCACCAUCUUCCUCAGCAAGUCACAGACUGACGUUCGAGAAAAACGGAAAAGCCUUUACAUCAACCAUCAUCACCCAGGCCCAGUGAGACGGAAGUACAGCUCCUGCUCCACCAUAUUCCUUGAUGACAGCACUGUCAGUCAGCCCAACCUCAAAUACACCAUCAAAUGUGUAGCCCUCGCAAUAUACUACCACAUAAAGAACAGAGACGUCGACGGAAGAAUGUUGUUAGACAUUUUCGAUGAGAAGCUGCAUCCGCUCUCGAAGUCGGAGAUUCCUCCUGAUUACGACAAACACGACCCUGAGCAGAAGCAGAUCUACCGCUUCGUCAGGACGCUGUUCAGCGCCGCACAGCUCACAGCUGAGUGUGCCAUAGUCACACUGGUGUAUUUGGAGAGGCUCCUGACCUACGCUGAGAUCGACAUUUGCCCUGCCAACUGGAAGCGUAUCGUGUUAGGAGCCAUUCUCCUGGCAUCUAAGGUCUGGGAUGACCAGGCGGUCUGGAACGUCGACUACUGCCAAAUUCUCAAGGAUAUCACUGUGGAGGACAUGAAUGAGCUGGAGCGUCAGUUUCUGGAGCUGCUGCAGUUCAACAUCAACGUGCCGUCCAGUGUCUACGCCAAGUAUUACUUUGACCUGCGCUCACUGGCAGAAGCCAACAACCUCAGCUUCCCCCUGGAACCCCUCAGCAGGGACAAGGCCCAGAAACUAGAGGCCAUCUCACGGUUGUGCGAUGACAAAUACAAGGACUUGAGGAAACAAGCCAAGAAGCGGUCAGUGAGCGCAGACAACCUGACGGUGGUGCGGUGGUGUCCUGCCAUCAUUUCCUAACACUGGCCACCUAAAGCACGGAGACACACCUGUCAGACAUACUGUACUUUAUUUCUGCCCGGUGAGCAGGCAAACCAGGUGGGCAGCAGUCCUGUAGAUCAGUCGGGCUGUCUGGAACACACACACACACACACACACACACAAUCUAGCACUUUCACAAGUGUGAUCACACCCUCUCUGGUUGUUGUACAUAAAAGAAGUCCCACUGGCCGCCUGCACUGAACCAAACAGAGCUGAGCUGAACCAAACUCAUGUGUGUGAGUGAAAGUUGUUGGGAUGAAGACCUUGACUGCGGAAGAAAAGAAGUGGCCAAACAGAAAUGCAGCUGGCAAUAUGAGAGACUGUGUGAAGUUGGGAAAAGAAGAGAGGAACAAGCUUAAUGCGAAAUACAACAUACGACGGCGGCAGCAGCGUUCCAUAAUUCCCUCUGACGCCCGACUGACACGUGAGGUUGACUGAGGGAGGCCGUGUACAUUCCUUUGAUUUUAAUCUUCUGCUUCAGUUUCUUCGCUGAAGCAUGAGAUGAUUUUUUUUCACAGCUUACAGGCACAUUUUGAAAUUUUUAAUUGCUCAAUUCCUCAGUUUGUGUCCGUGUUUUGUUGGUGUUUCUCUGUUGUUUUGCAUUCCCAUCCAGCAGAAACCUCUGCUAGCAGAUCCAAGCCUCAACAAAGGAAAGACAUGUACAUUCCAGUGUACAGCUGAUGUAUUUGACUGGACUACAUAUCGUUUGCCCUCCUUGACAAAAUAUUCCACCACAAAUUCAUUUACAGACUUACAUUGUAGCCGUCUCACUGAAGCUGUCAUUCAGAGAGCUAACAUUGAAAAAGCAAGUCAGUGUUUGGCUCGAGGGCGCUUCGACAGGACCUGGGGAUUCAACUUCCAGUUCCAGAAUAGCUUCUCUUACAGCAAGGCCAUCCAGCCACCGUUCAAAUACAGCUACUCACUGAAAGCAAUAUUCAUGCAUUGCUUUGUUGUUGUGAUUAAAUACGAUGAAGCAUGCAUACUUCGGAGAAGACGGACUGGAAGACAGCGGGCCACUACCCAGUCAGACGUGAGACAUACUGUAGAGCUUAUGUUGUACUUAAUUCACUGCCAUUGUCCUGACCUGUGGUGCCUGUAAUAAGCUAGUUUAACACUUCUCCCCUUUCUACUGGAGGAAUAGAACAAAUAAACUGAAGUAUUUUUUUUUUUCUUUAACAUUUUGUAUGGUUCUUCCAGCUUACAAGGAAAUAGCACAAACGGAAUAUCGACAUUUAGGAGCCACUAAAAAAAGCAUGAAUCUUCAGGGUUGUUUUCUGUUGUUUUGGAGAGGACCGAAAUGAAUGAAAAAGCAUUAAGUGACAAUUCAGACUCUGCUUAUAAAAGGUAGAUUGUAUACGUUUUGCUAAAUUGUCUCUGUACAGUGUAAAUACAGCGCAAGUGUGCAAAAUCUGUAGACUGAGGUCAUACUGUAAAAAAACAGAAACAUGUUAGAAUAUUUAUAUUGGAUCAGUUUUUACUGUACAUUAGGGGGGUGGCAAAUAUGUUUGAUUCCUUGUUCCUAUGACAAAUCAAGUAAAGACAAAGGUGAAGUAUUAAGAUUUAAAUGGGAGACACCACUUAAUAUUUUUGUCUGUUUUCUUGUUACAAUGUUUUCACACUGCAGAAAAUGCCAAGUUUUUAUGUGUUACAGACUAUAUAUGGUAUAAUACAAGACAAUUCAGGCUUAUUUUAUGACUUGUAAUCGUUUUUUUAACCAUACCCUGUGGAAGCAUUGCCAGAUUCCUCUUUUGAAGUGAUGAUGCUUAUUUUUUUAUGGAGCCCUGUAACUGACAAAAUGUAAAAGGCUAUCAGCAAGUCCGAAUUACAGUCUGACUGAAUAUAUCCAAUAAAUAGUAUUGUUCGUUGUCUAAUUAAAAUAGUGUACAAAGUUUUUUCCUUCCACCUGCAGUCAGUUUUUCCUUUGCCACCAAUUAGUUGAUAAAAAAAUUCAAUGUUUUUUAAAACUCUCCUUCAUUUCCCUAUAUUGUGUUUUCCCCACUACCCCCGUCUAAGCAUUCCAGCGUCAUACAAAUAUAAAACAUGUUCUAGAAAAGUUUUACAAAUAUAAAACAUGGAUUAAUAAAUCAAUAAUACAGAAGGUAGUGAUAAUCAGCUUCGUUUGCAGUUUGAGGUUUCUUGUCAGCACUUUCAAAGAUAUUUCUUUUGUAAUGGUGGUCUAUGGGGAACAGGCUUUUUGGGUUGCAGGAUUGUUUGCAUUGCAGUACCGCAAAUGGCCACUGGGACAAUUUGGCAGCAAGACUGCCAGUGUUGUGGCGUUGUGUCGGCCCUUUAAGUACUUCCGUGAUUCAGCCACUAGUGUUUUCAGUUAAGCCAGAUAGCCACACUGUCGUCUUGAUUGCUCCACAGAUGUUACACAUACGCAUACGUGGACCAAAUAGCUUUAUAUGAAUUUUUAUUUAACAUAACAACAUUAUUUAUUGAUGUAUUCAUUCUUAUCUGACUUGUUUGACAGCCUUUUACAGACUCUUGUUAUUCUGGGCUUCACAGUGUCUUGCAAUUACAAAUCACUUCCUGGUUUGCUCUUUUCUUGACAUUUCUACUAUCAGAAAUACAAAAAUGUACAUGGAUGUAGUAGAGGGUAAACCUAUAAAAGAAUUGAGCUUAAUUGGCCUAAUUGUUUCUACUUUUCACACUUGAAUUGGUUGAUAAAAGUGUCAAUCAAUGUGUAAAAGUUGAUAAUAGUGGUUGUUGUUGUCUUAUGGUCAACUGGACUCACAUUUUCCUCUACUACAUUACUGAAAUAGGCAGUAAACUGUAUGUUUGAAAAUAUAAUGACUUAACCUGGAAAUGUUUAAAAAAGGCACAAACAUAGCUUUAUUAGAUGCGUUUUUCUUUCUGUGUCAGAAAUAUGUCCAAAUUCAAAAGCCACACCAGUGUACCUUCCCUCAAUACUCUCGUUUUUUUUUUUUUUUGUGCAUUUCUUUGGCAACUUCCACGUCUGAGAACAGCCUUCUGUUGUUUGUCGAGCUACUGGAGAAUCAGUCAGUCAGUCAGGUCCGUGAGAUUUCCAACCGUGAGCAGCAGGUGUGAGGAGGGGACAGAACCGUACCAAAGUCAUGGAGAAAUGAAGGACGAUCGAGUUCGCCGUGUUGCUCUGACCAAGCCCUCUUGCACAUGAAGUAUAUGGAAAGGUGGUGGGACUGUCGGAAAGAGAACUGUUGUUUUGCGUGGUGCUUUGAAUGAGUGAAACAUAAAGUGCAACAUGUUUCUUUAGUUAAGUAACAUUACUGGAGUUGCUGUUGUGAGCUCAGACUCUUAGAGGUGUUCAAAGAUUGUAUAUGCUAUUUAUUGUAUGUGUGUGUGUGUGUGCAAACAGCCCAUUCUGGUGGUUUCUUAACCCAGAAGGAAACGUUGCCAUGUGGUCAACUGUGGUGGGUCCUGAGGUGGAAAAUUGCUUCCAGCAGCAGAGACCUUGGGCCUGUGGUGUCCUGUCGGAUGGUAACUAGGUGUGUGUCAUAGCCUUGUGCACUGAACUCUACCUCUGCAUAGAGUUUUACUUUUCUCUUAAGUUUUCUUCCUCACUCCAACGACAAUUUUUGGAUUUCACACAUUCAGCUUUGAUCGUGACGAUUUCCUGUGCUAACAUAAGUCAACUGCUGUGACCAUUUUUUUUUGUCACUGAUUGAUCUUUUCAACAAGUUGUACUGUAUUCUGUUGUUAUUGUCAGUGUGUUGUUUUCUUUUCAGUGAGUCAGUCAUUAUGUUCAUGUUCUCAGUUUGCCAAACUCAGAUCUCUCUCUCUGUUCUCUCUUCUUCUCUGUACGUUUUCAACCAUGAUUUCUAGAACUGCUCCCAAUUCUUCUCUUCUGAAGCAAUGUUUAGAAAACCCUGUGCAAGAAUUAAACUUUAAAACG